AGUCUGAAAAAACAAGAAAAAAUGUUUAUCAAAAUGUCCAGCAUCUUCAUCUUCACAAGGCAGCUUCUAAUUAUAUGUGUUUUGUCUUUUAUGUUAUUAUGUUUCUGUAAUGGGAGGGUUCUGAAUCAGAACUCUCGAAUUAGAGCUGUAAAUCUUGGAGGUUGGUUGGUCACAGAAGGCUGGAUUAAACCUUCUCUCUUUGAUGGCAUUCCCAACAAAGAUUUCUUGGAUGGAACUGGACUUCAGUUGAAAUCAGUAACAACAGGGAAGUAUCUUUGCGCGGAGUCAGGAGGAGGAACAAUCAUAGUUGCAAACAGGACUGCUGCUUCUGGUUGGGAAACAUUCAAGUUGUGGAGGAUCAAUGAGACGGCUUUUAACUUCAGGGUGUUUGGGAAGCAAUUCAUGGGACUGGACACCAAGGGGAAUGGGAUUGACAUGGUAGCUGUUUCUGACACACCUGGAACUUCAGAAACAUUUGAGAUUUUGAGGAAUUCUGAUGAUUCCAGUCUGGUUCGAAUCAAAGCACCAAAUGGAUUCUUCUUACAGGCAAAAUCGGAAGUGUUGGUAACAGCUGAUUAUCAAGGGAGCAGUACAUGGGGAGAUGAUGAUCCAUCAGUCUUUGUGAUGAAAAUUUCUGGAACACCGCGGGGGGAAUUUCAAGUCACCAAUGGCUAUGGUAUUGAGAAAGCUCCGGAAAUCAUGAGGGAACAUUGGAAGACAUUCAUUGUUGAAGAUGACUUCAAGUUCAUAUCAAAAAAUGGCCUGAAUGCUGUGAGAAUACCAGUUGGGUGGUGGAUAGCCAGCGAUCCGACUCCUCCUCUGCCUUAUGUUGGAGGAUCCUUACAAGCUUUAGACAAUGCCUUCUCAUGGGCAGAGAAAUAUGGAGUGAAAAUCAUAAUUGAUCUACAUGCUGCACCUGGCUCACAAAAUGGUUGGGAGCACAGCUCUUCUAGAGAUGGCUCUCAGGACUGGGGCCAAACAGAUGAUAACAUACAACAAACGGUUGAUGUUAUAGAUUUCUUGACAGCCAGGUUUGCAAAGAGCUCGAGCUUAUACGCAGUGGAGCUGAUCAAUGAGCCCCUGGCACCAGGGGCUUCCCUGGAGAACAUGACCAAAUAUUACAAGGCUGGUUAUGAGGCUGUCCGGAAACACUCCUCCACAGCCUAUGUGGUGAUGUCAAACCGGCUUGGACCUAUGAAGCCAAGAGAACUGUUCCCUUUGGCCAGUGGCAUGAGCAGAUCGGUCAUUGAUGUUCAUUAUUACAGCCUUUUCGCAAACGUUUUCGAUAACAUGACUGUCCAACAAAACAUUGAUUUUAUCUACACUAACCGGACGGCGCAGUUGAAUUAUGUCACUCAAUCUAAUGGGCCACUUACUUUUGUUGGGGAGUGGGUGGCUGAAUGGCAAGUUACAGGAGCAAGCAAGGUGGAAUAUCAAAGAUUUGGGAAGGCUCAAUUGCAGGUGUACUCUAGAGCAACUUUUGGUUGGGCCUAUUGGACUCUUAAGAACGUAAAUAACCACUGGAGUCUUGAGUGGAUGAUCCAGAACGGGUAUAUCCAGCUUUAAAAUGUUAUCAUCAAGUUUGGCCCUUUGAAAGCUCAAUGGGCUUCAUCAUUUGGAAGCUUAACUACGAGGGUUUGAUGACCCAUAACAAAUAAAUUCGAAAAUCAUUUUAGAAUUACAGUGACAAGUCAAUUCUUUUUAGAUUUAUGGUUUAGAAAUAAAUAAUUGUAAGUCUUUUUU